GAUGAACCUGUCGAGACAGAUGAGAAGGUGUCUGUCUGAUUGAGGCUGUGUCCUCACUAAGACUUCUUUUAAAAGUUAAAGUCUGUCCAGCAUUAACUGACAGACUGAAUCUGUUUUACAUCCUAAAAGGCCUAAAUGCAUAAAAGCCAAUACUAAAAUCAAGAUGUUCCUUCAAAUUCACAAAAACCCCCCACAAAAUUUAGGAAAAUUUCAGCUUUUGUAAAUGGACCCUUGAAUUUUUAUCAUAAUUUAUUAUUGGCUUAAAUAAAAAAAAACAAAACAAGAAACUGUUGUAACAUUAACUCCAACCUGUGUCUCCUGUGUCUGGGUCUGCUGAUUCCUCAGUGUAUCACAUGUUAGUUUGUCACUUCACUGCCCCUGAUUUGAUUGGAGCGUUCGUAUCAGAGCGCUCUGGCGCCCCCAGUGGUCCAUCUUCAUUAGACGUGUGAUGUGUGAGCGGCAGUUCACUGUGCGGCUCACCAGCCGGAGAGAGAGGAGAGCUCACCUCCAGCUCUGCUGCUCCUGCACUACAUGAUGGACACCAAACCGGAUGCUGUGUCUGAUCCGAGUGACGAGUUCACCGUCAUCUGACCGUCGGCUUCUCUGGGCCUCACAGAGCUCUCCAUGAGACAUGGUGCUGCCUGAGAAAAAUUCCACGCCGUCUGCUCCUGAGAAGGUCCCCACACAGCAGGCUCUGCGGCACCAGAGCCUGCCCUCCCCAGCCCUGUGCUGUGCCUGCGGUCUGUGCAUCAUGCUGGCUGGUAUCAACAUCACCCUAGUGGGAGCUUUCGCCUUUGGCACCUUCAUCCCUACUGGCAACCCUCCCAUCAUCAUCGGGCCUCUUCUCUUACUGAUAGCCUUGGCCUUCUUCACAGCCUGCUGUGUGGUCAGCAGGAGACCCGUGGCCCACAUGGCCCGCAAGGCUAAAGGAGGUGAGAAGUGGGGGCUGAUGCAUAUGGGGACGGCUGUGUGUGAGAUGGAGGCGAGCGAGCACACGUUGCAGGACACUACGGCUGUCCAGCUCAGUCCCACCAACUCCCCCACCACCUCUCACAAGUCCAGCUCCAGCCAGGGAGCCUCCGCUCCAACUACAGGAUGUCAGGAUGGAGCAGGUGAGCUGCACAUAUCAGAGAUGUCUGAUAUGAGUGUCACCAGAGGUGACCCCACCUUGACCUCUGACUUCAAGGAGACUGGUCAGAGCAUUUCCUCUACAUAGCAUGGACUUUGUUCUCCAGCCUGGCUGUUUUAGCGUUUGUUUUGCUGUUUGCCAAAUGGAAAUGUGUUGUGCUGAUUUGGUGUGUUAUGUUGCUGAGUGUUUAUUGCUCAGUCUGUGGAUGUACAUUACUUUGCCAGAAUAGAAAUAGGAACCAAGGGAGUGAACAAAAGCUGAAUGAAUUUAAUUUAUGUACGUAAAAUAAACAAGCAAGAGUUUGCUGAUGCCAUCUCUCUGACCUGUAUAUCAACCUUGUAACCUUUUUUAUCAGUUGCUUCUCCUAUCGUUACUAUGAGUUUAAGAGCCACUACCGUAAACCAAGUUUGUUUACUUUUUGUAUAAAACACACAGUUAAGGCAGAUGUUCGUGUCCCUUGGAUUGACUGUGAUUAUCUCUUGUCAUUAUGAGUGUGUUCAGCCAAGCUUCUCUGAGUCGUGAAAGCUGUUUUAUAGACAUUUUAUCAGAAUUUACUUUUUUUUUUUUUGUUUUUUAAUGUUUGGAUCAGCUGUUGUGAGCGAGUCAAGAUCUGUGUCAAGUUGGAUAUUCAGGAACAAAUUCAUGAACGCUAUGGCUUUGUUGUAGUGCCAUUAUUGUUAUGUUACCAC